AUGAAAUCAAUCAGCAAUUUAUUAUCCUCUUUAGUAUCAAAGUAGCAUACACCAUUUUUACAAAAAUUGAAUAAUUGUUCGAUAAUGUAGAAUAAUCCAAUAAUUUUAAUGACUGAUAUAUUGUAUUUGAUAGAGUGUUUUGAAGGAUUUGGUUCAGAAUGCAAUGGAAUUUAUUUAACAGGAUAGGAAUAUUUAUAAUAGUUUUUUAAAGCAAUCACAAAUAAAUAAUUAAAUGGUUUCAUUGCUAUUAAGAUUACUUUAACUAUCCAUUUAAUUUUAUAUGAAUUCUAAAUAGGAGAUUCUAUUGCUGAUGAAAUGGUAAAAGAAGGAUCAUCACUUCGAGUUUCAUAAAAUCAGUAAUUUAGUAUGUUUGUUUAAAACUAUUUAAUGUAUUUGUUAAGACUUGCACAAAAUUUAAAAUUGUUUUAUGCUUGUAAAAUAGGAUAGUAUCCAAUUUUUGAUUAAGAUUAAACUUUCACUUAAUGUUCUGAAAAUACUAGAGAUUAAUAAUAUUAAUAGUUUUAAAUUUUGAAAAAAAACAAUAAUUUUAGAGAUACAAACUUACAAUAUAGAAAUUAUUAACAAAAAAAGUUAGAACUUCAUAUGUAAUAAUAAACUGGAUGUAUAACAAUAGAAUAGAAAAUAUUGUAUUUAUUUAAAUUACAUAAUUUGUUAAAUUAAUGUAUACAAAUAUUAAAUAUAUGCAUAAAUACAUUAAAAUAAUUUGAGAAUUAAGAUUUUAAAAAUAUAUUUAUAGAAAUAAGUUGUGUUCUUUGGAAUGAUUGUAUGGUAAUGUACAAAUUUUCAACAUAAGAAGUAUUUUACUCAUAUUAUUAUAAUAGCUUUGUAAAUUACUCGAUUCUUUUCGAUUUAUGAGUUUAUAAAAUUUGCUUUCAAUACAAUAAAUAUAUUGGGUAACUAUAAAUUCUUCAACAUAAAUAAAAUGGUUAUAUAAUAAUAGAAGAUAUUUCGAUUCUCAAAACAUUGUUAAAUAACCAUUUUGGUUUGAAGAGAAUAAAAAGCUUUCUUAAGAAAUUUAGAAUAGUAUAAUCGAUAAUAAAAUGCAAUAAGUACCAGAUUCAACAAGAAAUGUAAAUAAAGUAUCAACUCCUUAAGCAUAAUAAAAUUAAAAAUCUCCUACUAACAUUGUUUAACCAUUUACUUCAAGAAUAGGAAAUUCUUAAAAUUCUACAAAAACUACUAUACCCUAAAAACCUUAUUUUAUUGCUAACAAAAAAUUGUAAUAACAAUAACCAAAUACUAUUGAAACAUAAUAACCAUUGAGUACAAGAGCUAAAAAUUUUGUCGGAAGUAUAUUUUCUGAUGAACAAUUAACAGUUUCUCCAAGAGAAUCUUCAAAAUAAUAAAAGUAAUGA